AUGAAAGCAGAGUAUCCACCUACGAAUCGCCUUCAUUACACAACUUCGAACGAUAUACGGAAUUUGGCCAUUCGAAUCGGCCUUCCUGUGUUCAUAUUAGAGCGAAAGCCUGGUAACCCGAACGCUGAAGAAGGAGAGGACAGUCAAGGAGGUAAAACUGUUGAGGAGGACGUUAUAUCUGAAGCUGCUCAGUCCGAAGGCUCUUCAUCAACUAACUCGGAUCUGGAAAUUGAUGAAGUCGAUCUUCUUGGUGUUACUGAUCAGCACGAGGAUGAACAUGAUGAUCAGCCACUGGAACAUUCAUUUCUCGGCGAACAGAGCGAUGAAGUUGAGAGUACCUCGCCCACAUCAUCAGUUCAAGCUUCCAAUCUCAGUGAUGAUAUGGAAAGCCGCCCUUCAAGGACAAGACGAGCUCCUCGUCGUUUUGUCGAUGAUUGA